AUGGAUUUUUUUCUUUGCUUCUUUCUUUCUUUGUUUUUUCUUUGCCUGUUUCCUUCGCUGAUUCUUUCUUUGUUUCCUUGUUUCUCUGUUUCUUUCUUUCUGUCUCCGUUUCUUUCUUUCUUUCUUUCUUUCUUUCUUUCUUUCUUUCAUUCAUUCGCUGUUUCAUUCUAUGUUUCUUUAUCCUUCUUUCUUUCUUUCUCUCUUUCUUUCUUUCUUUCUUUCUUUCUUUCUUUCAUUCGCUGUUUCUUCUAUCUUUCUUUCUUUCUUUCUUUCAUUCCCUAUUUCAUUCUAUGUUUCUUUCCCGUUUCUUUCUUUGUUUCUUUCUUUGUUUCUUUCUUCCUUUCUUUCUUUCUUUCUUUCUCCGUUUCUUCCUCUCUUUCUUUCUUUCUUUCUUUCUUUCAUUCGAUGUUUCAUUCUAUAUUUCUUUCCCGUUUCUUUACUUUCUUUCUUUCUUUAUUUAUUUAUUUAUUGCUUUCUUUAUUUUUCUUUCUUUCUUUCUUUCUUUCUUUCUUUCUUUCUUUCUUUCUUUCUUCUUUCUUUCUUUCUUUCUUUCUUUCUUUCAUUCGUUGUUUCAUUCUAUGUUUCUUUCCCGUUUCUUUCUAUCUUUAUUUCUUUCUUUCUUUUUUGUUUCUUUCAUUCGCUGUUUCAUUCUAUGUUUCUUUCCCGUUUCUUUCUUCCUUUCUUUCUUUCUUUCUUUCUUUCUUUCUCUCUUUCUUUCUUUUUUUCUUUGUUUCAUUCGCUGUUUCAUUCUAUGUUUCUUUCCCGUUUCUUUGUUUGUUUGUUUGUUUGUUUCUUUCUUUCUUUCUUUCUUUCUUUCUUUCUCCGUUUCUUCCUGUUUCUUUCUUUCUUUCGCUGCUUCUUUCUUUGUUUAUUUCUCCGUUUCUUACUCAGUUUCUUUCUUUUUUCUUUCUUUCUUUUCCUGUUACUUUCUCUGUAUCUUUCUUUGUUUCCUUCUUUGUUUCUUUCUUUUGUUUUUUUCUUUCUCCAUCUUUCGUUUACGUAGCAACGCUUUCUUUUCUCUCUUUGAUUAUUCCUGACUUCGGCUUCCAUUCAGUCUUCCUCCCUCCCUCCUUUCCUUCCUUCCUUCCUUCCUUCCUUCCUUCCUUCCUUCCUUCCUUCCUUCCUUCCUUCCUUCCUUCCUUCCUUCAUCCCUCCCUCCCUUCCUUCCUUCCUUUUUCUCAUGAUUUCUUCAACAAUUUAGUUAACAAUCUUCGCGUACGUUUUCAAUAUUACCCUCUCCUUCCGCCCAUUCGAGCCACACAGCUUUCCUUCCUUCCUUCCUUCCUUCCUUCCUUCCUUCCUUCCUUCCUUCCUUCCUAUCAUUCUCUUCACCCUCUCCUCAGUUGUAAUUAA